CUAAGACUGAAACUUGCUUUCCUCGUAUCUUCCUAGAAAAAGUAUUUCCUUUGUUGUAUCAAUGGCUUUCGCACCUGUUUCCUUGGUGUCGUAGGUGAUUCAAGGGCAGGCAUAGAAAACCCACUGGAGUGGCUCUUUUCUAGCAGUUUGGCAUCAUAAUAUCAGGAGCCUCCUAAACUGCAACAUACUAUGCUCGCAAUUACUUAUGUUGCCAUUUUCAGGGGGAAAGUAAGUUUAGGUGAGUGAGAGGCAGCUUGACAAAACCCUUUGGAGUGGCUCUCUUCUACCAGUUCCCCAUCAUAUUAUCAGCAACAUCUUUUGCUUGCUUUCCUCAUUUGUGGUCAUCAUCACCCAUCCAACAAGUUAGUCAGAAAGGUAUUUAUUGAAUUUCACCUUUUUUAUUGUUCUUUCAAGUCUCAUAAACUGCAACAAACUUGGUUCCUUUUCAUGCUUGCAAUGACAUAUAUUGCUUUUUGCUCCAUGCUCAUUAACUAUAUAUGUUGCCCACUUCAAAGGGUGAGUGUCAGUUAUUUUCAUAUACUAGGAAGAUCACAUUUAUGUAUAUAUCUGAAGACAUAUGUGUUAGAAUAUCGAAAAAUCAAGACUCUAUAACAGAGCUCACUAACUACAACUUGAUGCAAAUUGUUAAUGAUUGGUGUUCUAACUUGGUACAACUACAGUUCAUGUGCUUCCAAGAUCUCAUUAGGCACAUUUUACUAUAGAAGAGUAAAUGAAGGAGGAUUAUCCUAGCAUUGGAACUGAGAUUAGGAUUUGCUUUCUAAAGUAUAAUUUACAAAUUUGUAAUCUCCUAUUUCGGAGCUUAAUAACAGUAGGUAGAUAUUUUAGCAUGUUAACAUACUAUAAAAAUGACACUGAAACAACAAAAUCUGCUAUUGCAUUAAAAAUCGAGUAAUAACAAUUUAGAAUUCCUUAUGGUAAUUUUUUUGGAUUGACUCUAGAUAUCUAUUUUCUAUUAAUUUCAUUUCAUCAUUCGUGAGGGGAAAUUUCUUGAUUACAUCUUUAUAACUUCUAAAAGAUCUUGUGGAAUCUGUUCAGAAAAUGGCGUUAUUUUUUAGCCAUGUUUAGAUACAUACAGCUGACUAUGCAUUAUUAUUAUUUGGUUUCUAACAUAUUACAUGUUAUGAAGUACUCUUAACUGACAGCCAUGGACUUUGUUCUGACUAAGAUUGAUAAACAACUGGACAAUCACAGAAGCCUUGACCAGCAUCUGAAUGAGUUGAACAGGAAAGUAAUGGAAUUGAAUGGUGUGAGGGAAGAUACAGAUUCUAGAAUCAACGCAGAGCUGCAGCCAAGAAAGAAACUCAAGAGGGAGGUCCAGCUAUGGUUGGAAAACGUUGAAAGAAUCAAUGGCGAAGUUCAAAACCUUAAUGAACGAAUCGGUGAAAGCAGUACUCUUAGACGUGGAUUUCAUGCAGACGAUGUGUUAAGGAGGACAAGAGAAGUUGAGGAACUUAUUCAACAAGGCAAAUUUCAGGAAGGUUUGGUCGUUGACAAUCCUCAAUGGAUUGGACAGGUUUUGUCGACAAGAAGAUUAUCAGGUGAAGGUACAAAGGCCCGUAUGGAAGAGAUUUGGAAGUGCUUGAUGGAUGAUGAGGUUGAAAAGAUUGGAGUUUGGGGGAUGGGUGGUGUGGGGAAAACAAGUAUCAUGAAACUUAUAAACAAUCAACUCUUACAAGAGAGGGAGAAGUUCGAUAUUGUGAUUUGGAUCACUGCAUCCAAGGAGAUCAGUAUUGCUAAGCUACAGAAGGACAUUGCAAGUCAAAUUAAAGUAACUUUUUGUGGUGACGAAUGUGAAACAAGAAAGGCAGGGAUGCUGUUUGAAACAUUGUCUCGGAAGAGCAGAUUUGUGGUGAUCUUGGACGAUAUAUGGGAACCGGUUUCCCUUGAGAAGGUAGGAAUUCCUGAGCCAUCUACUGGGAUUAAAUUAGUGUUGACAACGCGAUCACUUGAGGUGUGCCAACAAAUGGGUUGUAGAGCAAUUAAAGUAAAGCCUUUGGUGGAAGAAGAGGCCUGGAACUUGUUCUCUGAGAAGGUGGGUCGGGAUAUUCUAAAUGUUACAGGGGUGAAACCAAUUGCAAAAAAGAUUGCUAAGCGUUGUGGGGGUUUGCCAUUGGGAGUAAUUACUGUAGCUUCUUCUAUGAAGGGUCAGAAACAAUUUUGGUUUUUUUUUUUUUUUGAAAAAAAUUAACUUAAAAGACAUGGGUUCCUGAGCCAAGCUUCAAUUUGAUAUUUUCAAUUUCAGAACAGCCCAGCCUAAUUUAUUAUUUAAUAAUUAAAAUUUAUAAUUUUUUAUUAAUAAAAAACUAAUAAGCGAAGGACACAUGCCUCCUUAAAUUCACUCUUAA